CCUCCCUGCUCCCCUUGGCUCUGGCGCCGAGUGUGGGUCCUGCGGCGCCGUGGAGGGCCGCCUGGGAGCUGUCGACCGCCUGGGCCUGGGUCGCGGGGUUCAGGACCCUGGACCUUGGGCGCUGAACGGGCGGGCUUCAGUACUUCUCCCUAGUUUUAUUCAUGUUCUGAGGAGGGUAUAAGAAGGAACAUGGAUCCCACAGCCUUAGUGCAAGCCAUUGUGGAAGAAGUGGCCUGUCCCAUCUGUAUGACCUUCCUGAAGGAGCCUGUGAGCAUUGACUGUGGCCACACCUUCUGCCAUAGCUGUCUCUCUGGACUCUGGCAAGUUCCAGCAGAAUCCCAGAACUGGGGUCACACCUGUCCCCUUUGUCGAGCUCCUGUCCAGCCAAGGAACCUCCGGCCUAAUUGGCAGCUGGCCAGUGUUGUAGAAAAAGUUCGUUUGUUACAGCUAUGUCCAGGAAUGGGACUGAAAGGUGAUUUGUGUGAGCUCCACAGGGAACAGAUAAAGAUGUUCUGCAAAGAGGAUGGAUUGAUGAUGUGUGAAACCUGCAGCCAGUCCCCAGAACACGAGGGCCACAGUGUCCUGCCCAUGGAGGAUGUCGCCUGGGAGUAUAAGUGGAAACUUCAUGAGGCUCUGGAACAUCUGAGAAAAGAACAAGAAGAGGCCUGGAAGCUGGAAGUUAGUGAGAAGAAACGAACUGCCCACUGGAAGGUACAGGUGGAAACCCGAAAGCAAAGUAUCAUGUGGGAGUUUGAGAAAUACCGUCAAUUACUAAAUAAUCAGCAGCCACCAGGUCGGCAGCUAGAGGUGGAGGCAGCUGCAGCUCUGGCCAGGCUAGAACAGGAGGAAGGAGAGACUAUGCAUAAGCUGGAGCUGAGUCAUAACGAGCUCAGCCAGCAGAGCAGGGUCCUGUGGAAGAUGGUUGCAGAGCUGGAAGAGAGGUAUCAGAGCCCUCUCCGCUGGAUGCUACAGGGUAUUCAGGAAGUCUUAAACAGGAGCAAGUCUUGGAGCCUGCAGCAGCCAGAACCAGUCUCCCUGGAGCUGAAGACAGAUUGCCAUGUGCCAGGGCUGAGAGAGAUCCUGAAGACGUAUGCAGCGGAUGUGCGCCUGGAUCCAGAUACUGCUUACUCCCGACUCAUAGUGUCAGAGGACAGAAAAUGUGUGCGCUAUGGAGACAGUCAACAGGAACUGCCUGACAAUCCUGAAAGAUUUUACCGCUAUAAUAUUGUCCUCGGUAGCCAGUGCAUCUCCUCAGGCAGGCACUACUGGGAGGUGGAGGUGGGAGACAGGUCUGAAUGGGGUCUGGGAGUGUGUACAGAAAAUGUAGACCGAAAGGAGGUAGUCUAUUUAUCCCCCCACUAUGGAUUCUGGGUGAUAAGGCUGAGGAAGGGAACUGAGUACCGGGCAGGCACUGAUAAAUACCCGCUCCUGUCCUUGGCAGUUCCUCCUCGCCGGGUGGGAGUCUUCCUAGAUUAUGAGGCCCAAGAUAUCUCCUUCUAUAAUGUGACUGACAAUGGCUCCCACAUUUUCACUUUCCCCCACCAUCCCUUCCCUGGACGCCUCCUGCCCUAUUUUAGUCCUUGCUACAGCAUUGGUGCCAACAACACUGCUCCUCUGACCAUCUGCUCCCUAGAUGGUGAGGACUAGUAGAGUCACCAUCCUACCAGAGCCCUUGGAAUUUGGCCUGGCCCACAGGAGUGUUGGAGGAUCCUGCCACUGAGAAGUGUCCCCUUGAACCAAGCCUACAGUCCAAAGACUCCUCUGCCCAACUCUGUGGUCUCUUAACCAUUCAUGUGAAAAAGAGAGUCCCAGUCAAAUGAUCACUGUGACCCACGAGGGAAAAGUGGCAGGGCCAACGGCAAGGCUUAGAGCAGUGCUCAGAUAGCUUGUUACUGUAAGGUCCAUUCUGUAGCUCAUGACCCUCUUCCCCAGUCUCUGUCUAAUGCCAUAAUUAAGUCAAUGAGAAUGACAAAGUGGUUCUAAUCUUCAGAAAUCCUUUUAAACAGGGUUUACCAAUGAACCUAAAGAAUAAUGUCCAAUUGCCAUUCCCCUCCUGGGCAUGAGCUGAGCAAAUCACUGUCACUCAGAUCUUAAGAAGACAUGUGUCCAAGCCCUACCCUUUUCUCUAAGUGGCAGCAUUAGAUAACCUGUGAGCCUUCGUUUUUAUUUUCACUUUGUGGAUGAGAAAACUGAAAUGGCCUUGAAGUAAGUUAUUUCUUACACAACUAUAAAUAAUUUUAAAAUCACUUUAAAAAUUAUAAGGUGGUUUUUCACAUGCAAAUAAAACAAGUGAUAAACUCACUUCUAAGGUCACGUGUU